GUUUUAUUCUUGAUAGGUAAAUCAGACAACUAACAACUUUUUCUCAGUACAGAAUCUCUGGCCUAAAAACUGCAACUACCAGUCUUUAAAUAAAUUUGAAAAGAUCAUCGUCAAUUAUCAACAUAUAAUUAUGAAAUAUACUAAUUAAUUGUCUGUUUUCUUUAUAGAGCAAACUACCCAAAUUAAAAUGUUUCUCAUUGAUCUCGUAUUUUCAAACAUAUGCUUAUGACAAACGAAUUGUUCCACUACUUCGUCGAAUGUUAAAUCUCGAAGAAUUGGCAUUACUUAUCGGAAUAGUAAGAAUUAAAUUGCCUUAUAUCGAUGGUACUCAUUUAUACAAUGAUUUUCUUGUUCAAAUGCCACGGCUAAACAUAUUUACAUUCAGUAUAAACACUCUUGUUUAUGAUAAAGGUGUUAAAAUUGAUCUUCCAUCGAAUGAUGAUAUUCAAAAUAGUUUUAUCAAAAUAGGAUAUCAACAUGUGGAUUCAUAUGCCCAUGUUAUGAAAAAUGAAGCCAGGUGCCAUGUAUAUUCACUUCCAUAUCAAUUCGAUACUUUUUUACAUCUCACCAACUCAUUUCGUCAUGGUAAUUUCUAUAAAGUUCGAUUUCUAGUUAUGAAUGACGCACAUUCAUUUGAACAUGAAUUUUUUAAAAUAAUCUCUCAAGAUUUUCCUUUUCUGCAACGAUUAAGUGUGUAUAAUUUUGAACCACAAAAGAACAAGCAAUAUUCAUCUACAUUGAUUACGUUUGCUCAAGUGUCCGAGCUGAAUAUUGCGUUCGCACAUAUUGAUUAUGCUGAAGAAUUUCUCUUGGAAACAAACAUUCGUUUACCUCGAUUAAUAUUUCUUGGUAUCAAAUAUGAACCAUUAGCAAUGGUAACAAAUAAUUUUACGAAUGAUGCAACACGUUUCACUUGUAGUCGAUUGCAAUACAUGAAAAUACCUGAACCAUUUGUUCAGACUCGAAAACGUCAAGACAAAGAUGAAGAAGACGAAGACGAAGAAGAACGAAGAGAUGAUAUUAAUAAUGUUGAGAAUGCUUCAGAUGAAGGUAUUGAUGAUGCAGGUAGUGAUUCAGGUGCGGCACCAAAUGAUUAUCUUAUUUCAACUGUAUCAAAAAGUGAUCUUGAGCUGAUGAAAAACCAUUGUGAUAGUGAUAAUGAUUCUGUAUCAUUAAGUGGAUUUAUUGCUAAUGGUGUUGAACAACUUAAAUUAAUUUUAACAAAUAAUAACAAAAAUCUAUCAAAUGAAGAUGAAAAAACAAAAUUUGAUUUAAUUCAUAAAGAAUUUAUUUCAUUAACACGUGAACUUGAAAAAUUCAUUGGUGCUUAUGUUAAUGUGAUGUUUUCAAAGACAAAACGUACAUAUGAAGGUUUAUCUAUUUUAGCAAGUUUUGAACCUGUUUGUGAACGAAAUUACCUUCGUUCAAUUCUUCGUGAUGCUUAUGUUAAUUUAUUUCUUAAUUUUGAGAAUGAUUUAUUGGAUAUUCGAACAACAUUUGAAGCACAUAAAGAUGAUCCACCAUUACCUCGAAAUGCUCCACCUGUACCAGGUGCUAUUGCUUGGUCACGUACAUUAUUAACAAAAAUUGAACAGGCAAUGGAUGUAUUUAAAUUAAAUCGACAUAUUGUUACAUUAGGAAAUUUUCCAAUAAUAUCAAAACUUUAUAAUCGUACAGCUAAAGCAUUGCUUGUUUAUGAACAAUUAUUAUUAAUACGAUGGAAAGAAAAAAUUGAUGCAUGGAAAGAUCAUUUAAAUGCUAAUUUAUUAUGUUUAGUCAAUGAUCCUGAAGAAAAUAAUAAACGAAUAGAAAUUAAUUCAAAUAUUGAAUUAUUUUCUAUAUUUGAUGAAGUUAAAUGGUUUAAACGGCUUGAUGUAGAUAUUCCUAAAGCAGCACUUGUCUGCAUGCAAAAGGAACAAACAUUUAAACAUUACAAAUCUUUACUCGACGAUCUUCUUACACGUUUUCGUUAUUUACAAUCUCGAAUUUAUCCACCAUUUUAUCCUUUAUUUACAAGUUAUUUAUCACAAGUUUAUCGAGCAUUUGAACCCGGUAUACAUACAUUAACAUGGUCAAGUCUUAAUAUUGAUGCAUAUAUUGCUAAAGUUCAUCGUGCACUUGAUCGUUUUGAAACAUCAAUUUCAAAUAUAAAUACAUUAAUAGCAGAAAAAAUUGAUGAUAUACUUAAUAAUGAAUUAAUGAAUUCAUCAUGUCUUUUGCUUUCAAUUGAUUAUAUUCGUUCAAAAUUAUGGACACCAACAGAAUUUCUUGAAAAUAUGCGUUCACAUUUAAAUGAACAAUCAACAUUAAUUGGUGAAAAAUUACAUCAAAUUCAACAAACAUUUCAAGAAGUUGAAGAUAUGUUAAAAUUAAAUCCAACUGGACAAAAAUCACGUUCAUCAACAUCAUCAACACGAAGAGCAAAAACAGCAACACCGGCUGUUACAAAUGAAGCCAUGAUAGAAUUUAUUAGAUAUUAUCAUGAUAAAAUGAAUUAUUGUGUACAAAAAAUAAUUGAACGAACUUUAGUAACUUUUAUUGAUUUAGUUUCAAUUACAGAAACAAAAUAUUUAAUUGAUCAAACAAAAUUAAUUCGAUUUUUAUUUGAAGGACAAGAUAAUGAUGAACAAUUAAAUAUUGAUACACAACGAAUUAGAAUUAAUUGUACAAUGCAAUAUGCUAUACCGGAAAUAAUUAUUGAUCCACAAUUAAGUUUGUGUCAAAAAUGUAUUUGUGAUGUUGCUCGUGCAAUUAUUGAUUGUGAAAAACGAAUAAGUGAAACUGCUGGUUUUGACAAUGAAACCGCUCAUCGUUUAUCUUCAGCAAUCGAAUCCGAUACUCAUUUAUCUAGUUUAAUUGAUCGUUUAUCAUCCAUUGAUAAAGAUGUAACACGUAUAUCUCAAAGUGCUAUACAAUAUAUUCGUACAUUUGAUUUUCUUUGGCGUGAUGAUUCUCAAUUACAGUAUCAAACACUUAUUCAACAAGAUGAAAAUGAUGAAGAUUAUACAAUAACAGUUGAUCCAAAUGCUAUUCCAUCACCAGAUGUUCGUAAAUAUUUACAAAAUGAACUUGAACGUCUUAUACGAAUUGAAGAACGUCUUAAUAUAUUACCACAUGAAAUACAAAUUGGUUGUAUUUGUAUCGAAACAAUUCCAAUUAUAAAUUCAUUAAAAACAUUUAUAUUUAGUUGGAAAACUCAAUAUGCUAAAUUAUUACAUAGAUUUGCUAAGUUUGAACUUGAUCAAGUUGUUGCUUAUCGACAACAAGUACAAUUAAGAUUUAAUGAUGAUGUAUCAACACUUGAACAAUUAGAUGAAGCUUUAAUUUUAUUAGAAGAAUUAAGUGAAAUGGAAAAUAAAAUUGAUUCAAUUUAUUUACCAAUCGAAACAACUUAUACACAUCUUGAUGAAGUUUAUAAUAUUCCAAUUCCACGUGAUGAACUUGAAGAAUGUUCACAAUUACGUGAUAAAUGGUCAGAAUUAAUGUUAAAUGCUGAUCGUGUACGAAGACAAUUAUUACAAGAACGUCGACAACAAUUAGAACAAGAAUUAGAUAAACAAGUUAAAUCAUUUGUUGUUGAAGUUAUUCGAUUUCGAAAUGCAUUUGACGUUGAAGGACCUAAUGUACCAGGUUUAGGACCAUUAGAAGCAGCUAAACGUUUAAAAGAUUUUCAAGGACAAUAUAAAAUAAUGCAUCGACGUAAACAAACAUUAAAUUCCAUAUCAACAUUAUUUAGUUUACAACCAAAACAAUUUCCUGAAUUGGAUAAAACAGGAGAAGAAUUGGUAUUACUCGAUCAACUUUAUAUAUUAUAUAAAAAAUUCAUUGCAUUUGAUACAACAUUUCGUGCAACUCUUUGGUCUGAAGUUGAUUUAAAUCAAAGCAAAAAUGAACUUAAUCAACUUUGGACAGAAUUUUGUGAUUUACCAUCGAAAUUACAAGAACGUAUUUGGACAGCUUAUUUUGAUUUAGAAGGUCAUUUAAAAAAGUAUCGUCAACUAUUACCAUUAUUAUUUAUGUUAAAUGCACGAGAAAUUCGUAGUCGUCAUUGGUUAAAAGUAAUGCAAAUAACAGGAUGUUCAUUUCAAUUAGAAUCAACUGUAUUUAAAUUACAUGAUUUAUUAGAUAUAUCAUUAGAUAAAUAUCAAAAUGAAAUUUCUGCUACUUGUUUUUCAGCACGAAAAGAACUUGAAUUAGAAACAAAAAUGCGUAGUAUUGAAGAAGAAUGGACUGAACAAAUACUUAAUUUUGAACCAUAUAAAGAUUAUGGUUUAAUUUUAUUAGAAAAACGUUAUGUGGAAAAUUUACUUGAACAUUUAGAAGACGGUGAAGAAACACUCGCUCAAAUGCUAACAACACGAUAUAUUGAACCGAUGCGUGAAGAAGUAGCAUCAUGGUCUGAAAAAUUAAAAGCUAUUAGGGAAAUUCUUGAACUUUGGCUUGAAGUUCAAGAUAUGUGGUUAGGUGCUGAAAAUAUAUUUAAUAAUCCAUCAGCUGGAAAAGAUAUAUCAUUAGAAUCUAAACGAUUCGUACGUGUUGAUAAAACAUGGUUAAAAACUCAACGACAAUCAUCUGAAAUUCGUAAUGUUUUACAAUGUUGUUUAAGUGAACCACCAAAAAAAGGUAUAUUAAAAGAAAUGCAUAAAGAAUUAGAAAUAUGUAAUAAAUCAAUAUCAUUAUAUUUGGAUCGAAAACGUCAAAUAUUUCCACGACUUUGUUUUCUUACGAAUCGUACAUUAAUAUCAUUAUUAAGUCGACAAGAUACGAUUUAUUAUGUAAAACAACAUUUUCAAUCCAUGUUUAACGGAAUUCGUGAUCUUAAAUUAUCUGUUUCAAAUAUUGAUCAACCAAAAGUAGAUGAAGAACGACGUGGUACAACUACAAGUGAAUCUCGUUCUCAUGCCGAAUUUGUUGUUAUAACUCAACAAGAUAUUAUACAAGUACUGAGUGAUGAUGGUGAAUGUAUGUCAUUAUAUCGUUCUAUACCAAUACAAAAAUCUGUUGAACAAUGGCUUAGUCGUUUACAAGAAUCUGUUGCUGAAACAAUACGAGCGGAUAUUUCUUCAUGUAUUAAAGAUCUUGAUAAUGGUUUUCCAUAUGAAGAACUUGUUUCUAAAUAUACAUGUCAAGUAUCAUUAGUAGGAUUAUUAUAUGCAUGGACACGUGAAGUUGAAACAGGUAUUAUUGAAUGUAAAAAUGAUCGAAAAGGGUUAAAUACAGCUUCAAAACGUUUUACAUCAUUAAUUCAAAAAAUACCAACAGUAUUAUCACGUUUACAAUGGAAAACACCAUCACAACCAGUUUUACUUACACAUAAAUUACGUUUAGAAGGACUUCUUGCGUUUGCAGCAUUUUUACGUGAUAAUUUCGAUGCGCUUUGUUCACGUCGUCGUGAAAUAACACAAAAAGAUUUUGAUUGGCGACGAUGUUUUCGAGUUUAUCAACAAACAUCUUCAGCAGCAGAAUCAAAAUCUAGUGAUAGUAGUGUGAUAUCAUCAAAUAUGUAUAGUGAACCAGUUCGUAUGCAAGUAAUGGAUGAUGUAUUUUCAUAUGGAAAUGAAUUUUAUGGAAUUCAUCAAACAUUAUGUAUUACACCAACAACAGAAAAAUGUUUUCUUGGUAUAUGGCUUGCUUUAUCAUUUAAACGACCUGUUCUUGUACAAGGAAAUGCAGCUGUAGGAAAAAAAUAUACAAUUACGAGUUUCGCUCGCUUUCUUGGUCGAUUUGUUGCUACAUUUGAAUGCUCUCAGCAUGUUGAUGCAUCAGCUGCUUGUAUGUUUAUAAUUGGAUUAGUAUCGGAUGGAUGUUGGGGUAUUCUUAAUAAUAUUCAUACUCUAACAAUUAAUGUUUUAUCUCCACUUGCUGAAUAUAUAACAUUAGUUUCUGAUGCUCUUCGAACAAAUAAUUCAGCUGCAACAAUAGUUUCUGAAAGCAAAGAGAUUCCAAUUCGAUUAUCUGUUGGUAUAAUAGCAACACGUAAUCCAUUUGCUAUUAAUCCAAACACUGGCAAUUAUACAGUUUUAUUAUCUGAAAUUCGAUCUCGUUUUCGUAUGGUUUCAAUAGUUAAACCAGAUGUUGAUCAAGUCUUUCGUAUAAAAUGUUUCGAAUAUAAUUUUAAAAAUCCAAAUGUUAUGGCUGAAAAAAUGUCACUUCUUUAUGAAACAACUCGAUUAUAUUUACCGAUUGAACAACGUUCAGUUAUUUCUUUAACAUCUUUUAUUGAUCUACUUCAAUAUGUAAAUAGUCUAAAAAAACGUACUAGUUCAAGACCAACUAGUAUGGCAUCAAGUGGACAAAAAACUGAUGAUGUUAAACGUUCUUUAUCAAUCAAAACACCUUCUUAUAUUGGUGCAAAAUCCGAUCAAUUAUUAAUGGCUCAAGCAUUUAUUGAUGUUAUUGGUGCUCGAUUGAAUCCUGAUCAUGCAAAAACUUUUCGAAUAUUUGUACUUGAAAUACUUGUUGGACGAGAUGAAUCGAAAAUGACAACAUUAAAUUCAACAAGUGUUAUGCUCGAUAAAAUUAUAAGUGAUAAAGCAUCUGAACAUGAUUUCAUGCCGAAAAAACUUUGGGUUGGAAAAUGUAUACAAAUGGUUCAUGCAGCAAACGUUUCAAAAAAUAUGGUUUUGUGUGGGUCAACACAUAGUGGUAAAUCAAGCGCAGCUAUGUUAAUGAUUGAUGUAUUAACACAAAUGCAACAACAACAACAAUUACAAACAUCUGUUCAGCAACAAAAAAGUUUAUCAACGUCACAAGAAACAAAUUAUGCACAAGAGAUUUCUGCACAAACACAUAAACUCUAUCGAAUUAAUCCAUUAGCAAUUGAAUCUGAAAAUGUUUUACUUGGUUAUCAUACAUUAGCAAAUGAUUGGCAAGAUGGUAUUCUUACAACUAUGUUACGUAAAGCUAAUCGAAAUUGUCAUACAAGUUGGAUUUGUUUUGAUGGAAUAAUAAGUCGAAUAUGGGCUGAUUUAUUACCAUCAAUAUUAGAAAAAGAAUCAUCAUUACAGAUACGUAAUGGAGAUAAAUUAUUUUUACUUGAUCAAGUUAAAUUUAUGUUUGAAACAUUAUCAUUAGCUGAUGCAUCACCAUCAUUUAUUGCUAACUCAACUGUUAUUUAUUUCGAUAAAUCUGUUAUUGAUUGGAAAGUUAUUGCAGGUGCUUGGCUUAAAGAUCGACGUCAAUUAGAGGUUCAAUGUCUUCGAGCUUGUUUUGAUAAAGUAAUGGAUCCAAUGAUGACAUUUCUUAAAGAAGAAUGUUCACGAUCAAAUUAUUAUUCUGAAACGAGUUUAUUUUCAGUUAGUCUUCGUUUAUUAGAUGCUAUACUACGUGAUAGUACUCAUGUUACAACUGAUGUUCAUGUUGAACGUUUUUUUAUAUUCAGUUUAACAUUUGUUCUUAAAGCUGUACUUAAUUCUGAUGAACAAAAACGUUAUUCAGAUAUAUUAAAAAAUUAUAUUACAGUUUUACCAGAUGAUGAUAGAGAAAUAUCUGUUUUUGAUUAUUAUGUGGAUGAAUCAUGUGAAUGGGAUUUAUGGACAGCUAAAGUUGAUGAACUUAAUGAAAAUAUUCAAGAUCGUAUUGAUGUUUUUGGUAAUGUACUUGUACAAACAGUUGAUUUAGCUCGUGCACAUUAUUUUCUCAAAUAUGCUUCAUUAGCACAAGUUAAUGUUUUACUUACUGGUACAACUGGUUCAUGUAAAUCAUUUUUAUUAGAUACAUUUCUUAGUGGAUUAGAUCAAGCACAUUUUCUGGCACCACGUUUAAAUUUUUCAAGGGCAACGAAUUCUGUUGAUUUACAAAAAUUUAUUGAAGCUAAUGUUGUUCAUCGACAAGGUUUUACAUAUGGUGCUCCAUUAGCAAAAAAACUUUGUUUAUUUAUUGAUGAUUUACAAGCAUCAACAACAAAUGGAUUAGAAAAAUUUAAAGAUGCUCCUGAAUUUCUUCGAACACUCGUUGAUCAUCAUCUAUUUAUAACACAACAAAAACCAUAUGAAAGACGAAUAAUUGAUGAUUUUUCUAUAUUUGCUACAGCGACAAUACCAACAACAGGUGAUCAAUCAUUAUUCACACUUCAUUCUCGAUUACUUCGUCAUUUUGCGAUAAUUAAUUUACCGACAGUAACUGGUUCAAGUCUACGUCAAAUUCUAACAAAUGUUAUUGAUAUAAAUAUGAUGGCAUACGGUAAAACUCCGAUAAGUCACGAUAUUUCAUCCAAAGUCGUUGAUGUUUUAACUGAAACACUUCAACGUAUUCAACGUGUUCUUCAAUCAAGUCCAAUAUUUGGACGAGAACAUUAUUUAUUUUCAUUACGUCAUAUUAUGGUUGCAAUACAAAGUUUAAGAACUAUUGAUGUACAAACAAGAAAUCAAACAACAUUUUUAGCACCUUUUCUUAAACAUGAAUUAUAUAGAAUUAUUCAUGAUCAAAUUGUUCGAGAAAUUGAUCAAUAUUGGUUUACUGAUACAAUAAAUGAAGUUUUUCGAAAUGUAUUCGAUUUGGAUAAAAAUGAAGAAGAUCAUCUUUAUUUUACAUUUCCACUUGAAGGAAGAAGUUAUGAACGUCCACUGAGUUCACUUAUAAUUAAAGAAAUUAAAAUUCAAAUUCAACCAGUUGAAUCACUUAGUCAACUUCGUAAAGCAAUUGAUCAAGUUGCAAUGCGUUAUAGAGAAGAAUUUGGUCAUCAUACAUUUUUAUUACCAGUUUCAGAAAAUAUAGCUUUACAUAUAAUACGCAUGCAUCGAGUUUUGUCUCAUUCAUCUUUGAGUAAUUUAUUUGUUAUUGGUACAGUUGGUUCUCAUUUAUCAAAAUUAGUUCGAUUAGCAUUUUAUUUAGCAGAAAUUCAAGAACAUACUAUUGAUUAUUCAACAAAAAGUUUAUUCUAUGAUAGUUUAAGAGGUGUUAUUAGAACAACAGCAGUUGAAGGACGACAUAUUGGAAUUUUACUUACAAAUAAACAUUUACGUGAUUCAGAUAUAAUUGAUACUAUUUCAUCACUAUUGACAAGUUAUGAAUGUCCUCAUCUUUUUAGUAAAGAUGAACUUGAUGGACUUUAUCAGGCAGUAAUAAAUGCAUAUAAAAGAGAUCAAAAUUUGACAACAGUUGUUAUAACUGAUCCACGACGAUAUUUUCUUUCAAGAAUUCGUCAACAUCUUCAUAUUGCUAUUUGUUUACCAGCACAUAGUGAACUUCUUAGUCGUAUAUCUACUGAAUAUCCCGGUUUACUUAAAAAUACUCAAGUAUAUUGGAUAAAAAAUUGGUCACCAUCAGCUCUUUUUGUUGAAGCAUCAUUUUUUCUUUCAUCACAUGAUACUCUUCUCUCAGAUGAUCUUCGUCAACGUUUGUCUCGUUGUUUAUGUGAUAUACAUUAUUAUAUGUUAAAUGAAUCUCGUCAAAUAUCAUUUGUUGGUACAACAGAUCGAACAAUAAUUGUUCGUGAAAAUGCACCAAAUCAAAAUGCUUCAUUAGCAACUGGUACAUUAACAUCAAAAGAACCAGUUGUAUCAAAAAAAGGUGCAAAUAAAGAAACAAAAGAAUCAAAAAUGAUUGAUAUUGAAUUACCAAAUUAUCCAUAUUCACGAAUGCUUUUAUAUGAACAAAUAAAACAUCAUGGUGUGAGCAAAUCAUCAUCAAUAUCAUCAUUACAUACAUACAUUGGACCAGAAACAUUUCGUCGUUUUAUGCAAUCAUUUUGGUAUUUAUUUACAUCAAAAGCAGCUGUUUGUGAACGGGAUAUAAUAAGAUUGAGUAAAGUUUUAAGUACAUUAAAUAAAACACGACAAGAUGCUGACCAGAUGAAAGAAUAUAUUCAAGAAUUAAAAGAAAAAUGUUUAACUAGUGAAAAAGACACGGCAUUACUUUUAGAAGAAGUUAUUUAUAAAUCAAUGGUUUUAGAAAAAUUAAGAGCUAAACAUGGAUUACCUGGAUCAUUACCAGGUUAUGUUCAUCGAGAAGAAAAAGAUGAUUUCAGUUUACCUGAGGAAGAAAGAAAAUGGCUUAUAGAUGAUGAAGCAGAUGAAUAUGAAGAAAAUUUUAAACGAAUGAAAGAAGAAUCAUUAAGAUCUCGUCAAGUUAAAAUGCAAGAAGAAUAUGAAGAAUCAUUACGUGAAGUUGAUAAAUGGCGUGAACGAUUAGCAUCUAAACGUAAAGAAGUUGAACUUUGGAUGAAUAAAGUUGAUAAAUCAUGUAUUGAAAGAAUACGUGCUUUUCAAACGCCACCUGUACUUAUUGGACAAAUUAUGGAAAUGAUUUUAACAUUAAUUGGUCGAAAACCUGCUGUUAGAUCAGAAGGUAAAGAUCAAGAAAAAGAGAGAGGACUAGGAAGAAUGCAAGCUGAACGUCUUGAUCGUCAUCAAUGGAAACAAUAUACAACAUUAAUGGCUGAUUCAGGUAGAUUUGUUGAUAUGUUACAUGGCAUAAAUUGGCAAGAUGGACUUAAUCUUGAUGUUGCUAAUGCUGUUGAAUCAUAUAUUGCAAAAGGUCGAGAUGGAGUAUCUGAAGGGAUUUCAGGCGAAGGUUUUCUAUUAGAAAAUGCCAAAAAUUUUCAUGUUCCUGCUGUACGUGGUGCUGGUUCGCAGGAAAAUCGUAUAACUUUAGCUGCUGCUCGUUAUGCAUCUGAAGAAGCAGCAGCACUUGUUCAUUAUGUUAUUGCUCUUAUAGAAUAUACAAAAUUAUGCCAACCAUUGCGUUUAGCUAAGCAAAAAGUUGAAAAACUUAAACAAGAUUUAUUAGAAGCUGAACAAAAACAAUUAGAAAAAGAAAAUGAAAUUCAACGUUUAAAAAUGAUGGAAGCAAGUCUUCAUACAGAUGUUAAUGAUAAUGAUCAUCGUAUGGUUGAUAUAUCAAAAUAUACAAUUGAUGAUUUAUCGCGUUUAAUAAGUGAACUUGAAGAAGCUCAAAACCGUUUUGAUACUGCAGCUGUUAAUAAAAGUAAAUUAAAAAAAGAAUACGAAAGUUGUCAAACACGUUUACAAGCUGCUGUUAAUGUAACACAAAGUUUAUAUGACAUGGAUUUAUUUGAUAUUAAAGAAUUCAAGCAUUUAUCUGAUUUGGAAGAUCAAUGGACAAAAUGGAUUGCUGAGCAUUCAACACAUGAUCAAACUUUAACAAAUUGUAUAUUAGCAGCGGCUUAUAUGGCUUAUUGUUCACCGUUUGAUGCGGAUUUAAGAAGAAUAUUAUGUCAAAAAUUUGUUUCAUUUUGUGAACAAUAUCAAAUUCCUCGAGAAGCUGAUUUAGUUUUCCAACCAAUACCAAUUGAUGCUAUGCCGAAAACUUCUCUUGAUUUUUCCUAUACAUUAAAUAAUCAAUCAUUGGAUUCACCAGGAAAUACGGCACGUAAUAAUAGAGUAAAUUCAACACAAAUAACAACACUUGCAGAAUUUUUAUAUAAUCCAAUUGAAUUAAAAGAAUUUCAACUUCUUCGUUUGAUAGCAACAGAUAUAAUGACUGAAAAUGGAUGUAUUAUUAUGGCUGAUGCUGGUCUUUAUGCAUGGCCAUUAAUAUGUGAUGCCACAUGGUAUUCAAUUGAAUGGAUUCGUUUAUUUUUAAAAAAUAAACAAUUAAUUGUUGUUCGAUAUCAUCAAUUACGUACUCAGUUAGAAACUGCAUUAUCUGAAGGACUUCAUCUUUUAUUAACAGAUUGUGAUACAAAUACUGUGAUGGCAAAUGAAAAACUUGAAACAGUUAUAAGAAACCAAGCUCGAUUUUUAUCAAGUGAAAAACCAUUUAAAUUACAAAUAGGUCAACAAGAAAUUGAAUGUAGUCCUAAAUUCAGACUUUACAUGCAUACCAUUACUCAACCAGUUUGUAUUUCGAAAGAAUUAGCAGCUUAUACAUUAAUAUUAUGUUUUCAUGUUACAUUAAAUGAUCUUGAGGAAAUAUUUUUAGGUCGAUUUAUGAUUAAAGAAAAACCACAUAUUGAUGCUGAACAAUAUGCAUUAUUACAGGAAAAAGUUGAUACAUUAAAAAUUAUUGAUCCAUUACGACAAAAUAUAACAAAUUUUCUUGCAUCAGAUUCAUUAAAUUUAUUACAAAGUGUUGAGCCAACAAAACGUUUAUUGGAUUUAAAAAAAGCUUAUGAUGAAGCAAUUGAAGGAUCUCAUCGAGUUGCAGUACAAGAAGAAAAUUUAUUUAAAACUCGCAAUAGUUAUAGAAAAUUAGCUCAACGAGCAGCUACGUGUUAUAAUAUAAUGCAUUAUUUACGACAACUUUUACCUGAAUAUGUUAUGCCACUUGAACACUUUAUUGAUUUAUUCGAUUCAUGUAUUUUUCAAUCAGAAAAACAUUCCAUGGGUGCUGUAAUGACGGAAAUAACUAAAACUGCAUUUAUAACAAUUUAUCGAGUAUUAAAUGAUCGUGAUCGACGUGUUUUUGCAAUUUAUUUUGCUAUGGAAAUCGAAUCAUUUAAUCGUCGUCAAAAUCAACAAUUAGAUUUAAAUAUUCCAACUGGUGAACGUGAGUUUAUUAUAUCACCAACAUGGGCCGUUUCAUUAUUACAAAAGCGUGGAGCUCGUCUACCAAAUGAACAUCGUUUUUGGUCAUAUAAAAAACCAUUUGAUUGGAUGACAGAUGAAGCAUAUCAAAAUCUUCAAUUUUUAGCUAUAUUUUUUGAUUGGUUUUCCGAUGGAUUUGAACGAAUGGGAAAGGAAGGUCAAGAAGCUAAAUGGCGUCCAUUAUGUGAAGGCGAAACAGAAAACUAUCCACUACCAGCACCACUUGAACAACUCGAACCAAUACAAAAAUUUUGUAUUGUACGUGCUUUAAGAAGUGAUCGAUUACUUCAAGCAUCAACUGUUUAUGUUACAAAUGUUUUUCAUCAAGAUUCAAAUAAAACAAAAUCUUUAACACAAGAACAUAAUCCUAAUCAAACAGCAUCAUCAUCAUCACAAAAUCCAUCAACAUCUCGAUCAACGACAAUACCAGUAUCGCCAACACUUCAACAAGAUGCUGAUUUAUUAACACGUCAAAGUGGUCAACGAUCUGUUUUAUUAUUUUAUGAUGAUGAACCAGAUGAAGUUGUAAAUUUUUUCUUAUAUUGUACCAGUUUAAUUCAAACAGAUUCAUCAACAACAACACCAACAUUUCAAGUUGUUAAUAUUUACGGUAAUGGAGCAAAUGAAGAACGAAUAUUAAAAAGAACUUUUAAUAAAGCAUUAACAAACAAUACUUGGCUUUUACUUCAUUGUAUUCAUAAUAGUCCAUCAUUUUUAUCUUAUGUUGAAACAUCACUAUGGGAACUUCGUUCGAAACGUUCGUCAUCAACACCAUCGAUGCCACGUAUUUGGCUCAGUAUUCAACGUGCAUAUUCAUUUCCAUCUUCACUUUAUAAUUUAUGUUUAAUUGCUUAUAUUCGUACGCCAUUAUCAAUGAAAGAAGCUAUGACACGAGCAUUUUCUUUAAUUGAUAAUGAUCUUCUUCGUCAUUCAAGUAAAGUAGAAUGGAUACCAUUGUUACAUAAUAUAUGUUAUCUUCAUUGUGCACUUAAUCUUCGUACAAGAUUCGCGCAAGCUGGUUGGGAUUUACCAACAUUAACAUCAUUUACAAAUGUUGAAUUAACGUCAGCUUUUCAAGUAGCUGCUAGAGAAUUUGCUUUAAGUGAUCAAUCAAUUGUACGACUUGAAUCAGCUCAUACAAGUAGUGCUGUAUCAAAUGAAUUAAAUAUUCGACCAUUAUCUUGGACAUCAAUGCGUUAUGCAUUAUCAGAAUUAAUUUAUGGUGCACGAGCAUUAAGCGAAUAUGAUCAACGUGCUAUUGCAAAUAUAGUAGAUUUUUGGAUUCAACCAGGAUCAAUUAAAAGAGAUUUUGAAUUUUCAAAAAUAAAAUAUAAAAUUCCAUCGAUAUUUUUUGGACAACAACCAAAAUUAAGUCAAUUACAACAGGCACUUGAAUCACUUUCUAUUCAUCAACUUGAUGUACCAGAAGCAUGUCAUCUUCAUUCAACAAAUGAAACAAAUCUCGGUGAUGAUCUAUUAAUUAUUAAUCGUCUUAAUCGAAUAAUUGAUGCUUUACCAGCAAAUAUUUCUCUUAGUACAGCAGUUCAUCAACGACCAAAUACACCUGUUGAAGAUGUAACAAUUAAUACAUCUUUUUCAUCUUCAAAUGCAUUAUCAACUUCAUUCAGUUCGGCAGCACUCUAUUCAUUUUCAACAAAAAAAACAGUUGCAUUGGAAGAAUAUUCUGCUAUGAUAUUAGCUUCAAAACUACCAAAAGUAUUAACAAAGGAGCAAAUAUUGGAUCGUGCUCGUCGUAAUGGUACACCGAUUCAAAGUCCAUUUAAUGUGUGGAUUAUGCGUGAAACACAAUUAAUGACUGAUCUUGUAACUCUGAUUCGUACACAUUUACAAUCGAUCAAGGUUGCUUGUGAUUUAAACCAAUUAGGCACACAAUGGUCAGUAGAAUUAGCUAAUGUAGCGCAUGCUUUAUACUAUCAACGAAUACCUGAUGUUUGGCGUGAAAUGAUGGGUCCAAGUGCACCACCACCGACUUGGGGUUUAAAUAAUUUCUUUCCUGACCUAAUUAUGCGAGCUGAACAUAUUGAAAAAGUACUUACUAAAGGUCGUGAAAAACACCCGGCUUAUAAUUUAUCUGCAUUUUUUCAUUCUUCAUCAUUAUUUGGUAUAUUUAAGCAAGAAGUAGCACAUGCAAUUAAUCUUUCUGAUGAUGGUAAUAAUGGUUCUCUUAUAUUUCAAUGUGAAUUAACACCACGUGAUCGUGAACAUAUUCGUGAACCACCUAAAGAUGGUAUAUUUAUAUUUGGUCUUUAUUUAUGGGGUUGUAGUUCCGAUAAAAAUGCUGUUGAACAUGGCAUUUCUGAUGCUCCAGCUAGAAAUCGUGAUGCAUAUUCGUCUUUACCUGUGAUUCAUCUAACAUGUGUUUCAGCAGAAAAAGCCUCUCAACUAGUUUCACAACAACAACAAGGUGCUGAUGCAACAAGUAAUAGUCGAUCGACAACAUUGGAUAUUUAUUCAUGUCCUGUAUUUUAUAAACGUUCACUUGAAAGACGUACAACAGAAGUUGUUUGUGAAUUAGAUUUAUGGAAAAAGACAACUAAUACUGGUCAAGCAUCACGAUGGGCAUGGCGAGGUGUUUGUAUGACUGUUAAGCCUUAUUGA